AUGAGUCUCAGGGCAAUACCGUAUAAUCGAGUUCAAACGAUAGGCAACAUCCUCUUCGCCACACGAGGCGGCAAGAUUCACUCAUUCAACGUCUCAGACCAUAAACACAUAUCAACAUGGCAACACCCUGAUUUAGAAAAGCCAAGCAGCGCAAGAGACUCAAGGCCCGAGCCAAAUAUUGAGGCCAAAACAACCACAGAACCCGAAAAUGUCCCCGACAAGGAAGAAAGUGAGCCGCCAGCCAAGAGACAGAAAGUCGUUGGCGGCGAUGUGAACGGUUCCGCGGGAGACGCUGCCCCAACCAAAGCAGAAACUACCCUCCAUCGAGGCAAAAAGGGCAAAGCAAGAGACAAGAGUGACAACCACGGCGACAAGUCGCGAAUGGGAAGAGUCGUAGACCGCCCUCUCAUCACGCUCAUGACGUGUACAGACGACGGCAAACAUCUGAUUGCCGUGUCAGGACACGACAAGUCCGUCUGGGUGUUUCAGCACGACGGAGAGGGCCAAAUAACUCAGCUCAGUCAAAGAACAAUGCCCAAACGGCCCAGCGCCAUCGCCACCGGGCCCGGCUCUCGAAUCAUCGUCGCCGACAAAUUCGGCGACGUCUACUCCCUCCCGCUCAUCAUGGCGCCCCCAUCGCCAUCCAGCCUCGCCCCUCACACCGCGCCCGUCCCCGAGCCGCCAGCAGCCGAACCCGCAGCCAACACGUUCACGGUACACUCCAAGCGCAACCUCGAAGCCCUCAAGCACCAGCGCAAGCAGCUCGAGCUCGAGAGGGCCAAAGGAACGCCGAAACCCCAGGGACCAAGCUUCGAAUCAACCCUCCUACUAGGGCACGUGUCCAUGCUCACGUCGCUGGCCGUCACAGAGGCCCAAGGAAGGAAAUACCUCCUCACAGCCGACAGAGACGAACACAUCCGCGUAUCGCGGUACAUCCCACAGGCCCACGUCAUCGAGGGCUUCUGCCUCGGACACAAACAGUUCGUCAGCGAGAUGACGAUCCCCCAGCGCAGAGAGGACAUCCUCGUCUCCGGCGGCGGAGACGAGGAGCUCUUCAUCUGGGACUGGAAAGCAGGCCGCCUCCUCUCCAAGACAAACCUGCUAGCCCUGGCGCGGGAGAUUGCGCCGCAAACGACACGAGUCGCCGUGUCGGGCCUAACGUCGCUCGUGUACCCCGAACAAGGCGGCGUCACGUACGUACUCGCCACCUGCCAAGAUGCGCUGACAAGGACCAUCAGCGUGCAAGCUAUUUUCACAUGGCAGCUUACUCCGGACAACCAACUCAAAAACCCGGGCAUCAUCCAACUUCCCUGCAAUCCACUCCACAUCGCCGUCGCCCCUGCUUCAGACGAGACAGCCCCCAAGCUCGUCGUGGCCAUGGACCCAGGUCAAGGUGUACAGGCCAAGAGUCUACACGCCUACACUCUCACGCGGACUGAAAACCGGCUAUCGUCCGAUGUGGAAAUACCUAUUCACGGACAGAGUUUCGAUGGCCCGGAGACGCAAGUUUCUGAAGCCGAAAUUCGCAACAUGUUUUUUGUGGUUGAAAACUUGCGCAAACAGGGAGGAGAAGGGGGCGGCGACGAUGGUGAAGAUGCGGGAAGUGAUUCUGUUGCAGAAGUCCGUGCAGAGGUGAAGGCUACCCCUGCCGAGGUGUAG